CAUGUGGGGCGCAGGCGGCGGAGUCUCCACCUCUUCUGGCAGCGGGAACCUGUGGCUGCCAAGCUCCAUUAAAGCCAUCAGCAGCCGGGGGGACGCGCUCCGCGGCGAAGGCGGGGUGGGCUGCGGUGCUUUAUUUUAAAAUAUAUACUUUUCUUUUUUCGCCGCCCGCUUUAUCCCUUCGCAAGGCUCGGGCUCAGCAGGACGCCUGCGGGCUGAAGCCGGGGUGCUGCCGCCGCCGCGGGCACCGGAGCGCCGGAGGCGGCCCAUGGCUGCACCGCCGGGCGCCGCGCCCCGCUGAGCUCCGCGGGCACCGGCGGCGAUCGCGCCUCUGGCCGGGACACACAGCGGGCACCAUGGUCCGGUGCUGGUGGCUCGCAGGGCUGCUCGUAGCCUGCGCGGCCGCGGAGCCGCCCUGCCGCCAGCAGCUGCGCCACCUGCAGGACAGCGCCGGGAUCGCCGCGCGGCUGCCGCCCCGCCUGGAGGGGCGCUGGGUCUCCACAGGGUGUGAGGUGCGGCCGGGACCCGAGUUCCUGACCCGAUCCUACCUCUUCUACACCAACCGGCUCUUCAAGGCCCUGCAGUUCUACUACUGGGACCCGUCCUGCCGCGAGCCCUCCUACUCGCUGGUCAUCAAGGGCAAGCUCCGGCUGCGCCAGGCCUCCUGGAUCACCCGCGGGGCCACCGAGGCCGACUACCACCUGCACAAAGUGGGCAUCGUGUUCCACAGCCAGAAGGCCAUGCGGGAGGUGGCCUCCUGGAUCAACCAGACCUCUGGCGAGGGCUGCCAUGGGUUCCUGCCCCCGGGGCGCUCCUGGGCUCCCGGAGCCCUGUACGAGGUGCUGAGCGCCAAGACGGAGCGCGACUGCACGGCGGCGCUGGGCUUCGCCAUGCACGAGCUGAGCCUGGUGCGCGUGGAGAGGCACUUCCAGCCACUGCUGCAGCCACAGCAGAGCGGGAGCCGGCUGGUGGAGGAGCUGUACCUGGGGGACAUCCACACGGACUGGGGGGAGAGGCUGCACUACCGCCCCACCGGCUACCAGCGUCCCUUGCAGAGCGCCCUGCACCACGUGCAUCCUUGCCCGGCGUGUGCCAUCAUCUCCAGGGCCGAUGAGCACCACCCGCCGGUGCUGCCCGCCCGGGCCGCGCUGCCCAUGCAGCUCAGCGGCAGCUGGGUCAGCACCCACUGCGAGGUCCGCCCGGCCGUGCUCUUCCUCACCAGGUACUUCACAUUCCACGGCAACAACCACACCUGGGAAGGGCACUACUACCACUACUCCGACCCGCUCUGCAGGCAGCCCACCUUCACCAUCUACGCCUCCGGGCACUACAGCCAGGGCAUCCCCUCCUCCAAGGUGCGGGGUGGCACCGAGCUGGCGUUUAAAGUCACCCAGGCUCGGGUGACGCCGAUGGACCAGGUGACGGUGGUGAUGCUCAACUCCUCGGCAGCGGGAAGCUGCGGGCUGGCGGGCUCCUGGAGCGCCGGCGUGGAGCAGGAUAUAACACCCACGAACGGAUGCUUGGCUCUGGGCAUCAAGCUGCCCCACACCGAGUACGAGCUGUUCAAAACCGAGCAGGACACGCAGGAGCGCAGCCUCCUCUACAUCGGGGAGCGGCCCACGGACGGCUCCAGCCCCGACAGCCCCGACAAGCGCCCCACGUCCUACCAGGCCCCCCUGAUUCAGUGUGCUGCAGCCUCAGAGGAAUUCUCCAACUACAUCAGUCUGAAAUACGUGGGAAGAAAGGAUGCUAACGGGAUCGAAGCACUAAAACCUUUGCCUGUGGCCUUUUUAUUGUUUAUAGCACUUCUGUUUGUAAGAUGGGACUAGUUAUCUCUUCAGGUACAGUGCAGAAUUCAGAUAAAUCUUGGUGCUAGCGUGAUUUUUAUAUCCUUGAAAUGAGCACAUCUGGAAUCAGUUUUACCCAGAUUUGGAAACACUUUUUAAAAACACCCAAUAGUGAACGAAGCCAAGGAGAUAUGCCUGACUCCACACUGUUUGUCCUGUGGCUUUAUUGCCUAAUCUCUCCUCUUUGCGUGCAAAUUUAAUGUACUGACACGGAUGCACUGCACAUUGCAACAGAUAAUUUAGCAGCAUGAGGGGGGAAAAAGUGACAUCAAUUAAAAUUGCUGCUUUGAGCUUUUGACAUUGCUAAGAUUUAAUCAAGAGCUUGAUUCAGAUGUAAUUCAAACAUCCAAAGUGUUGGCUGCCGAGUUUCUCUGAGGUUAAGUUCCCUCCCAUCACACUCCUUUUUGCUGUUCAUGCAAAUUUAAUCUGCAGAGUCAGUCAGCAAUAAACAGUCAGCAAGUGUUCUUGAGAAGGGCACGGUUCACAUGCCUCUUGCAGUUUACAGAUAUUUUCUGCACUUUGCCUGUGUAUGUCACACACAGGGACCCACAAACACUUGGAGAUGCCCAGAACAGCCCUCACAGAGGGCUCAACUUUUCCACCUGACCCUGGGCAGAGAUUACAGCAGCUGGAAAACACUUCUGAGCACAACAGCUCCAAGCCACUGCAUCCCUGCUGUGUUACCCCAGCUCUCCCAUGCUGUGCUGGCCUGGCUGAGCCAUCAGCAGUGUCCCCAUGUCACUGCUGCCAUACCUGGCACAGGCACUGUCACCAAGUGCCCUGGGAAGGGAAAGAUCCCUCACCAACCUACUCAGGCCACGUAUUUCCACUGCCUCCUUCUCAGCUACUGGCACAGCAGUUGUUAUUCCAGCUCUCCUCUCAAAGUGUCACUUCCAGCCUCAUUCCUGUACAGAUGUUUUAUAAAUCUGCCUCUGGUGAACAAUGAGCUGAAGAGAUGCUCAGAUCAGACAGCACAGUCAGGUCAAACUGAUUCCUACUGACAAGCAGGACAAACGAUGAAAUUAUAUUCCCUGUCUGCUGCAGCUAAGCAUCAUACAACUUCCUCGAGAAGCCCUUCUCCAGCAGCUAAAUAAAUCCUCUCCAAAUAAGCCUAUAUAUCUUACCCACAAAAGAUAUUUUGUUAAAGCAGCUAUGCAAUAGCCACCUUCUUAAUGCUGUAUUUACAAACUUGCAGCUUGUACUUAGAUAAAUUAUGGGGUUUAUAACACAAAAAUACUUCGGGGGGAUCUGUACAUUAAUAAUUCAAAUGAGAUGCUUAUUAAAUGCAUUACAGUUGUGA